AAUGAAAACUUCCAGUCUCAGGUAUCAGCGGGCUCCAUCAAUGGCAGAUCCUUUGGAGGAAGUGGCGGAGGAGACGCUUCAUCCGAACUUCCCAUUUGUCAUGAGCUCGUAUGGGUUCAAGUCUUUCAAUUCCGAAGAAUCCGGAAACGGCUCCGACGAUCAAUUCGCUUUCAGCAUCAGCCCGGAUUUGCUACUCGACCCGAAUGACGUUGUUCCGAUGGAGAUGAUCGGAGAAGGAGGGCAUUCCAUCGUCUACCAUGGAUUGUUCAGGAAACUCGUCCCCGUUGCUGUGAAGAUCUUCGAGCCAAGCAGAACAUCUGCUGUAAGCACCGAGCACAAAGAAAAAUUCCAACGGGAAGUUCUGCUGCUAUCCAAGACGAAACAUGAGAACAUUGUGCAGUUUAUUGGAGCGUGUGUGGAACCGCAGUUGAUGAUAGUUACCGAACUCAUGACGGGCGGAACGCUUCAGAGAUUCUUGUGGAAUUCUCGUCCAAGGCGUCUUGAUAGGGAACUCUCGAUAAGCUUUGCAUUGAAUAUUGCUCAAGCCAUGGAAUACUUGCAUGAAAAUGGCAUCAUUCACCGUGAUUUGAAGCCAAGCAAUGUGCUCGUUACAGGAGACGGGAAGCGAGUUAAACUGGCAGACUUUGGUCUGGCUAGAGAGGAGACAAUGAAGGGAAUGACCUGUGAGGUGGGCACCUACAGAUGGAUGGCCCCUGAGUUAUUCAGCCGUGAACCACUUCUGAUCGGCGAGAAGAAACAUUACGAUCACAAGGUGGAUGUCUACAGCUUCGCAAUCGUUUUCUGGGAGUUGCUGACAAACAAAACACCGUUCCAUGGAAAGAAUAGCAUCUCUGUUGCUUACGCUACCAGCAAAAACCACAGGCCAAGUGUGGAGAAUCUUCCAGCAGAAGCAGUCCCGAUUCUGAAGUCAUGCUGGGCAGAGGACCCCAGCAAACGGCCCGAGUUCAAAGAGAUCAUACUCUCACUCACAAACUUGCUCAAAGCUCACGGGAAUCGCUAUGCGGAUGGGAAUUUCAAGAGUGAGCUGACGCAGGAAAGGAGGAAUCUGCUUCUUGAGGGGCCUGUUGAAUGCGAUUGUCCGGUCAAGAAGCCUGAGAAGAAGACGAGAAAGCUGGAGAAGAGCGAUAAGAAAAUGAAGAAGAUGAAGGCGAGGCAUUGGUUCGUUCCCUUCAUCGGGUUCUUCAGAGCUUGCCUCUCCCCCAAGUGAUGACGAAGAACUUUGGGUGUUCAUAACGGGAAAAAAAGGGUACAGUUUGCAUUAAAAUGUUAAACUUUGAUAAAGAAAGAUGGAAAAUGUCUGGUUAGGGUUCUUUUUAGUUUUUGGAUGGAUUCAAUACCAUUCUUUUUUAAAAAAGAAAAGAAAAGGCAAUCCCCAUUUGAACUUUGUUCAAUGGUUUAAAAGAAAGCCAUUGUUUUGUUUUUUGGUGGUUCAAUGGGUGGAUUGGAUUCUGUUCUGUGUAAUAAAAUUUCUUACUAUG